GAAAAGGUUUUUUUCAAAUACCCAUCCAUAACUGAAGAAUUUUGUUUUGUUUUUUGUUUUUUUUUAUUAAAAAAAAUGGAUAAUUAUCAACGACCACAACGUAGUUCAUCUGAACCAAGAACACCAACAAUAACAACAACAGCAAACAAUAUAAAUCCAACAAUGGAUAUAUUUGAAGAUGUUUUAGUGGAUAUACCAUUAAGUAAACAUAUACCAUCAGUAUUAACAUCAACCGAUUUAAUUGUUAAACAAAUUGAUUUAGAAUCACUUUAUAAAUCAAAAUUAAAAAAAAAUCAGGAAAAAUCUUUUUCAAGAAAACAAAAACAACAAAAUAGUCGAUCAAAUUCAAAAACUAAACAAUAUGAUGAACAACAACAACAACAAAAUGUAAUGGAAAUUCAACAAGCAUCAUCAUUGAAUCGUUUGAAGCUUUGUACACGAAGAAAACAUGGAAGAAACUUAGGUAAAAAACGAUUAACAUUAUCUGGUAAGGAAAAAACAUUAUCAAGACAGCAACGUGCUACUAUAAUAAAUGAUUUAAAUACAUCACAAAUGUUACCACCAUUAACAACACAACAACCACCAAUAUCACCGAUAAAGUUUAUCAUUACAAAUCAACCACAACCACCGAAAAUAUUAACAACAACAACAACAACAACAACAAAUAUUGUUAUUGUUCCACAAAAAGAUUCAUUUACAAAGAAUGAAAUACGUUUAAAUAAAAUAAAUAAUUUGACUAGUAGUGGUUUACCAAAAACAUUGGUUAGAGCAAUCAAACAUUUUUUAAAUACUUUACCACCAUAAGUUUGAUAAAUAUAUUAAAAAUAAAAAUUCAAUGGAAUAUUUCACUCUUUUUACCGUUCGUUUUUU